CAAAGGAACACUACCUGAUGGACAAAUGGUUGCAGUAAAAAGAUCUCAAGAGAAUUCAUUGCAAGGUGGGCAUGAAUUCAAAACUGAGAUUGAGUUGCUAACAAGAGUACAUCAUAAGAAUCUUGUCAAUCUUGUCGGCUUUUGCUUCGACCAAGGCGAACAAAUGUUGGUUUAUGAGUAUCUGCCUAAUGGUACUCUGAAAGAAAGCCUCUCGGGGAUGUCGGUAAUUCGUUUAGAUUGGAAAAAGAGACUAUGGAUUGCACUUGAUGCAGCAAGAGGUCUCUCCUAUCUGCAUUAUCUUGCUGAUCCUCCCAUUGUUCACAGAGAUAUAAAAUCAAACAACAUAUUGUUAGACAGUCACUUACAUGCCAAAGUCGCCGAUUUCGGUCUCUCCAAACCAAUGGCUGAUGACAGAAAGGGCCAUGUCACCACUCAAGUCAAAGGAACAAUGGGAUACUUAGACCCGGAAUACUACAUGACGCAACUAUUAACCGAAAAGAGCGAUGUCUACAGCUUCGGUGUAUUACUGCUUGAGCUAAUAACUGCAAGAAAGCCGAUAGAGAGAAACAAAUACAUUGUGAGAGAAGUAAAAGCAGCCAUUGACAGGAAGAAGGAACUGUAUGGCCUUGGGCAACUUGUUGAUUCAACAAUUGGAUUGUCCAAUACAUUGGCUGGAUUCAACAGGUUUGUGGACUUAGCUUUGAUGUGUGUGGAGGAAUCAGGAACAGACAGGCCUACAAUGAGUGAGGUGGUCAAGCAGAUUGAAAGUAUCAUGCAACUUGCAGGCAUUAAUCCUAAUCCUGAAUCAGCAUCAACUUCGGCCAGUUACGAUGAUUCUUCGCGAGGCCAUUUGUACGGCAAUGAAGCUCUUGUGAAUUACAGUGGUGCCAUACAUUCACCAAGGUCUGACACCAAGUGAAUUUGGAUGUUUUUUUUAAGUGUGUUUUUCAUCCAUGGUUAGUUCCAUGUCUUUGUUUUGGUUUAUUUGUGUUUGCAUGUAAUUUAUAAGUCUUUGGUUGCUGUAAAAAUUCUGGAUAGGUUUGGGUUAAUCAGUUUGGGAUUAAAUCAUUCAUUGAUCAUGUAAAUUAUUUUAUUUUAUUUUAUUUUUUUAAUUUUUUUAUAAUAUGGACCGACAAGUAUAGAAGUGCACUAUUUAUAAUAAUUGAUUGAC